CUGCACACGUUGCCGCUAUUCAAGAAAAGCGACAUCUGCUACAGUGGGACAGUGACAAUCGCGUACCGGAAAGGAUCAACGAAAAUCUGGGUACCCAAUUACCCUCCUUUGCGCCAGUUACUACUCGAAGAAUACCACGACGUCCUCUACGCCGGACACUUCGGUAGCAACAAGACGCUGACCGGUAUCGCAAAGCACUACUACUGGCCCCACUUAGCAGAAGAUGUCCAUAAAUUCGUCACCUCGUGUAAUACAUGUCAGCGGAUGAAGAGCAACAAGCAGAAAAAGGCGGGACUACUGCAGCCUCUUCCUGUCCCAGAACAACCAUGGCAAGUGGUUAGCCUGGACUUCAUCACCGGGUUACCACCUACCUCGAGCGGUCAUGACGCCAUCCUUGUCGUCAUUGACAAGUUCUCCAAAAUGGGACACUUCAUCCCGACACACACGACAGCACGCACCGAAGAAACAGCACAACUCUUCGUUCGAUACAUCAUCUCACAGCAUGGCAUUCCAACCACACUCAUCUCCGACCGAGACCCUAAGUUCACCAGCAAGUUCUGGAAGGAACUUAUGUCUCUCCUCGGGACCAAACUCGCCAUGUCAUCUGCUUACCAUCCGCAGACAGACGGACAGACCGAGCGCCUCAACCAAAUUGUUGAGCAACUCCUCCGAGCAGCCUGCAAGGACGAGAUCUCCAAAUGGGACUUGCACCUGCCCGUACUAGAGUUUGCUUACAACAAUGCUACACAUGCCGCUACUGGACAGGCGUCGUUCUUCCUCUGCUACGGACGCCACCCACUCACACCACAAAAACCGACAGCAUCAGCUACAGUCCAACCAGCACAUGAUUUCAUCACAACCAUGCAUCAGCUUUGGGAUCGGACCCACAAGCGCCUACUCGACAUUCAACAGCAACAGAAGUGCCAAGCCGAUCGCCAUCGCAACGAUCACACCAUCACGGUGGGAGACCAGGUGCUUCUUGAUACCCGCAACCUUGACAUCAGCCAUCUCCCAUCUAAACUUCGACCUCGCUUCUACGGGCCUUUUCUCGUUGAAGCACAGGUCAAUCCCGUUACCUUCCGCUUACGCCUGCCAGCUACCUGGAAGAUUCACAACGCCUUCCACGUCCAACUUCUGAAGCCCUAUCGGGACCCGAACACGAUUUUCGUCGGACGCCAACCGCCGCCACCACCGCCCGUCCUCGUCCAGAAUGAACCCGAGUACGAGGUCGAGUCCGUGCUCGCACACCGCCGUCGUUGGAAUGGCACCGUGGAGCUUCUCAUCCGUUGGAAGGGUUAUGAUCCUUCUGAGGACAGCUGGGUACCUGAGUCCGACAUGGGUAACGCCCGUCGUCCUCUGCAUGACUACCUUGUCAAGCAGGGU